AUGAUUACCAACAACCAACUUAUCCAAACUACCGGUUACCUGAUCGCCAUCGCCUUUGCGAUGGUACUAUCCGUCACGGUCUUCAUAAAGGACAUCCUCGCUCUCAUCACAUUCCGCACGUCAUCUCCUGCUGCAGCGGAAUACCCUCGCAUUGCCGUUAUGGUAAAGGUCGAAGUCACUACCACCCACUACUCGACGACUGAACCAUCGUCAUCGGUACUCUCGGACUCUACUCUGAUUGAAGUAUCAUCGGAAUGCUACAGCAGCACACGGAUAGGCAAGCGUAAUUGCUUGUCCUAAAUUAUAUGAUAUUGAAUGAGAUCACCGGUCGACCAGGCUACAAAGGCCGUCAAUGAUCUUCGCUCAGUGCAUGGACCAUCGUUCCAUCAAUCAGCACCCUCGUGUAUGUGAUUCCAUCCCAAGGAUUUGGCGGCGCUAGAUAGUACGACAGGCUCAAUAGUCACGUCGUGUGAGCCUAAGUGUCUAUCUCCACCUUAGUGAUGGAGCAUAUGUCCAGUAGGCGGGGAGAAGGUAAACGGAGUCGUUAGACACCAUGAUUAAUCAGUAGUAGUCGUUGAAGUUCUGUCGCACGGUUCCAUAUACUAUACAUCUGUUCUGCACAUUUCGAUGUGGUUCGAGUCCGAG